UAUACGACCGCCCCUUUUACUAAAAUCGAAGGCGCCCAUAUCACAAAAGAUAUACAUUGGUGACCAGAGAGAAGGCCCAAGGCAUAAGGAUCAGAAAUGGCGUGCAGAACCGUGCUCCGCACCGUUUUCCUGUCCGAGCCCUGGCGGCCCUUGAAUCGUUCUCAGAGUUCCGCAUCUUCGUCCUUCAGGAUCCGCCGAUCUUCGGCGCCCCGGUUGUGCAGCGGAUGUCGGAUCAUUAGGGUUCCGGACAUUGACUGCGCGCGGCGAGUUCAUGUUAAUUGCUCUAAUGGCGAAAACGUGCCCCCUUCUCCUUCUCAGGAAGACCAAGGUCCUCCGCAGGAAGCUGUUCUCAAGGCCAUUUCAGAAGUGUCAAAGACAGAGGGGAGAGUUGGACAAACCACCAAUGUAGUAAUUGGGGGUACUGUUACAGAUGACUCCACCAAUGAAUGGCUCACUCUCGAUCAGAAGGUGAACUCAUACCCAACAGUCAGGGGGUUUACUGCAAUUGGAACUGGAGGUGAUGAUUUUGUGCAAGCUAUGGUUGUAGCAGUUGAAUCUGUAAUUCAACAGCCUAUCCCUGAGGGCCGUGUGAGGCAGAAAUUAUCUUCAAGAGGCAAAUAUGUUUCUGUGAAUAUUGGACCUGUUCAAGUAGUGUCCAGUGAGCAGGUCUCUCUCUCUCUCUCUCUCUCUCUCUCACACACACACACACACACACACACAGGCUGGUUUAUCAGAUAGAAAAAUUGAUUUGUGUAUUCCUUGCCUCUCUCUCUGCCUCUUGUGGAACUUUUGUUUCUAGGGGAUUUUUUUUGGGGGGGGUGGGGGGCGCGUUGUUUAACUCUACUAGGCUCAAACAUGAAGUUAACCAGAUUCUUGUAGAUGUUAUGGUGGCACUGAUUAAAAAACCCUCCUGCAUGUGUUUAUAACCAGCCAGACAAUGAAUAUCUGCUAACAUUCAAUUUCCUUGUGGCUCACAGGUCCAAGCUGUGUACAAUGCAAUGAGGAGAGAUGACCGAAUGAAGUACUUUUUGUAGUGUAAAUUCAUCCACUCAGCCAUCAUAUUUUUGUAUAGAAUUCUUCUAAUCAUAUUAGGGCAGGAUAAUUGCUGUUUCCUCCUCCCUUUGGAUCUUUAAUGUCAUGUUUGGUUUUGCAGAAUAGAAUAGAGUAGAAAAGGGAAUGGAAUGGAAAUUUGAAUGAAGAGUAUAAUGAAAUCAAAUGAUUAAUUCGACCC